AGCUGCGGAGUUCUCGCAGUCGGUUUGUGCGGCUCUUUUCAGUUUACAGACUCAACUUGCCCUCAGCGGAUCGCUUUGUGCUAUUCCUCAUCGUUUGCCGGUGAAUUGAGUUUAUUUUUAGAGGACUCUUCUUCAUUAUCGCGUUAUUACACUACCGCUCUCUGAAAUAUCUUAUCAGUGAAGUAUUUAUGCCAUGCGAUAAGAAAGUUUUCGUGAUAAAACUCUAGAUUAAGUCACAACUCUUGAUUCCAAUAUACCCAAAUAAAUAACCGUGCAAACAGUGUCUUUAAUACAGGAUUGAAAUUGAAAGGAAAAGAACAAGUAAUAAAUAGUGCACAAAAACACACACAAAAAUGGAUCAAAACUCACAAAAUCAUGUGGGAGUACAACCCAGAAACGCUGGAGCACGUGUUUAUUCAGCAAUUGUACUAAUUUUUGACUUAAUAGUGAUUUAUGCUCAAUGGACCUAUUUUGUUCUUGAGGGCAUCUACCAGCUUUUCAAACCACCUGAGGAAAAAUCUGUGGUUGGGGAGAUAGUCUUAAUUACAGGAACUGGACAUGGAAUUGGUAGGGAAUUGGCCCUACAGUAUUCUGCCUUGGGAGCUACCGUUGUAUGCUGGGACAUCAACGAGGCAGGAAAUAAGGAAACCGUGAAAGAAAUUGAGGCACGCAACGGCAAAGCACGUGCAUAUGUGUGUGACGUAUCAAGCCGCGAGCAAAUUAUCGAUGUGGCCAAGAAAGUAAAGGCGGAAGUAGGAACAGUUACGAUCUUAGUGAACAACGCCGGCAUUAUGCCGUGCCAUCCAUUCUUGCAACAUACCGAGGCGGAAAUUCGAAAGAUCUUUGAUAUCAAUGUAUUGGCGCACUUUUGGAUGAUGCAGGCCUUCCUACCCGAUAUGAUUGCCAAGCAUCACGGCCACAUCGUUUCACUGUCAUCGAUGGCGGGUGUUGUUGGACUCCAAAAUCUCGUGCCAUACUGCGGCUCUAAGUUUGCUGUUCGUGGACUUACUGAGGCAAUUAAUGAAGAAAUUCGCAUGCAGGGAAUAGUGGAACAGAUAAAGUUUACUACAAUUUAUCCCUACAUGGUUGACACAGGUCUAUGUAAAAAGCCCUAUAUGAGAUUCAAAAACCUCAUGAAACUCAUUCGGCCAGAUGAAGCGGCUGCUGCUAUUAUAUCCGCACAAAGACAAGGACUCAUAGAAGCAUCUAUUCCUAAAUAUCUGCUCUACCUUAAUGGAUUCACGCGCCUAUUCCCAGUUAAAUGCGGUGUCCUUCUAAAGGACUUUUUCAACAGUGGCGUACAUUCUGACCUGACUGAAUAAAAAUACGUUAUAUAGGUUACAUGUCACAAACUCUAGAAAGCUUGGGUGAUAAAAGCGAUAAAAGCAUUACUUUUUGAUCUUGGUUUACAAAUUACGGGGUAUUCUAUUUAUAAUUGUAAAUUUUUCGAUAUAUACAUAUGUAUGUAUGUACGUAUACAUAAAAAAAUAUAAAUUUCUAAUAAAAUAAGAUGUUUUCCUAAAGAAUUCUUCAUAAAUAAACAAUGUUAUAUCCUAAAAAAAA